ACUACUUGUUUAUAAAAUAAUAUAUGCACAUAAUAUCCUGUAUAAUUUUCAUUUUUAAAAACAUACGUAUAUAGAUUUAAAUUUACAUUUUUAUUCUUAUCAGAUAUCUCGUUUCAUUCUAUUUAAAUUUUCGUCAUCUGUGCGAUGUCAUUCUCAUAAACUGAUUUUUAUAAAAGCGUACGAUUAUCUUUUGCCAUUCGAGUCGCAUCAUCAUAGAGUAUAGCGUCCAUUAUAAUAUCAGAGACCUAACGUACAUAUUUCCAUAGAUUGAGUUUUAAUCGAAAUUGAUGUAUAUAUACAUCAAUGAAAAAAACAAAAAGUUUAUGCACAAACGUAGUAUAAUUUGAAUAUAUACGGAUGCUUGUUUUCCUUUGAAUUUUGCAAAUAUAUUUAAUUUCUAAUUCAUUGAACUGGCGCCAUGAUGUAAGGUUACAAGUUAGUAAAUAACAACAUGAUAUAGGUUUCAUUACUGUUACUCUGAUCUAUUUUAUACUUAAAUAUUAAAUUCAUUUGUUUUGAAAUUAAAACAUGCUAGAAAACUCUUUAUGUUUUCUUUAAAAAGCUCGCAAAAUUAUUAAGAUGUAUGAUAUAAAUCUGAAUAAUUAUAUCUAUGGGCCACGUAUAGAUGGGAGUAACAAUGAAACUGGAUCAGUUCAUAUAGCACAUCACAAACCAACAAAUACAUAUGUUGCCAUUAAAAAAUACUUCAUUGACAAUAAAGAAUCAGAUGAUUAUGGUCUUAUUCAGCAAGAGAUUGUGACCACAAGGCAACUUCAACAUCCAAAUGUUCUUGCUUAUUUGAAUGCUUUUGUGUCUGGUCAUGAUGUGUAUGUAAUUUCACCACUUAUGAAUUAUGGGUCAUGCAGUAAUCUGUUGCAAGAAUCUUUUACAUCUGGUUUUCCAGAACUUGCAAUUGCAUUUAUUGUAAAAGACGUUCUUCAUGGACUAGAUUAUUUACACAGAAAGGGCAUCAUACACAGAUCUCUACGAGCAAGUCAUAUUCUUAUAUCUGGAAUUGGAGAAGCAUCUAUCUGUGGUAUGCGAUAUGCUUGCGAAGCAGUUAAGAGUGGUAAAUGGCAACGAACAAUUUUCAAUUUUCCUAAAUCAAGUACAAAUAAUCUCAAAUGGCUGAGUCCUGAAUUGCUUCAGCAAGAUCUCAGAGGGUACAAUGAGAAAUCAGAUAUUUAUAGCCUUGGGAUAACAAUAUGUGAAUUAGCGAAUGGUAUUGUUCCUUUUCAUGGUUGUCCAGACACCCUGAUGUUGACUGAAAAAGUUAGAGGUUUUAUCCCUAACAUUAUUGACAGAUCUACUUACCAGGCUGAUUCAAUGGAUAUUGAUCAAUCUCUAGGAGAUGAAACAAAUGAAAAUUCCAACAGAAAUAUUGAAGAAAUGAAGACGCGUAAAUUUUCUGAAACAUUCCACGAAAUAGCUGAACAAUGUGUUCAACGCGAAGCGGAUAACCGUCCUAGCGUUCACCAUUUGUUGAAACAUCCCUUUUUCAAGCAAUGCAAAAGGACUGAAACUACUCUUCUUGAUAUUUUGAAUCCUGUGAUACCUCUUCACGAGCGUUUUAAGCAAAAUUUAGAAAAUGAUACUAUGGCAAUAACAGAUAUACUAAACACUUUGGAACUCGAAAGCUGCCAAUGGGAUUUUGAAAAUACUUGAAAAAAUUCUUUUUCAGUUAAUUAAAAUUGUUACCAAAAAAACAUCAAUAGUGAUAUAUCUAGUAUUUCUACUGCAGAUGUAAUAUAAGAUUGUUGAAUGAGCUCUAUUUGUACUUAUUUUAUUUAAUUAUAUCAAUUAUUAAACGCAUUGUUUGACAAUGCACUGAUGCAAGACUUAUAAAUUACUAUAAACUCGUAUCUGAUAGAAAUUUUUACAGACACAAAUGGCAAUAAACUCAAUUCACAUCAAUGUAUACAGUUUAUAUCGAUAUCCAACAAAUCAUUUUGUGCUGACUUGACAUUGUUUCUUAAAAAGUAACGACAAGAUUAAACAUUUUAUAAAUCCAGAAAAAAACAACAUAAUAUUUAACUUAGAAUCAUAAAUUAAGCUAUCAAUCCGAUCAAAGAGCGUAAAAUAAUUUGGAACGUAAUCGGCGGCUUAUAAAACAUAGACAGACCACGCCGAUAAAAUAAAUAUCGUGAUUAAAAUUAGUUUUAUAUUACAUUGAUUACGAACGAAUAAUCA